ACCGUGUAUCAUUGUUGUGUAAUUAACGUGUUGGGACAAGGUGGUAUAUAUGGUAAACAAACUGGUGUCUGCAGCGACGACGCCUCGACCUGCCUGAUGGAGAGCCACCACAGAGAGGAGAACCAAACUAAACCAUAUGUCAAUCAAGAUGAGCUCAUCAUGGCACAGGAAAAGCAAAUUGCUGAAGAGAUUAAGGCUAACACGUCAAUGGUAGGGUCACUUGCUGGUCUUGGUUCACUGGAGGAGGAGUAUUCAAAUGAUCCUGUAUACUCUAGUAAGGUUAGAACUCUUCUGCCCAAGUUCUCAAAUGUUCGACGCACUAGACCAGAUGGCAACUGCUUUCUAAGAGGUUUCAUAUUUGCUUACUUAGAGUACUGUAUUCAUCACAGGGAUGAAUUAGCUAGAUUCAAGAAAUACCUAGAAGGAAGCAAAGAAGAACUUUUUGAUAUGGGAUUUCCCAAGUUUACUACUGAAGAUUUCCAUGAAAUGUUUAUGGAGGUUGUGAGUGACUUGGAAGGCAGUGGCAGUGUGGGUCGUGUAGAAGCUGUUUGUAACGAUGCUGGAACCUCGGACUAUCUAGUGGUGUACCUGCGACUUCUCAUCUCAGCACACCUUCAGAAGAAUGCAGAGUUUUUUAGCUUUUUUAUUGAAGGUGGCAGGACAGUAGAGGAGUUUUGUAAACAGGAAGUGGAGCCAAUGUACCGAGAGUGUGACCAUCUUCACAUCGUAGCACUAACAGCUGCUGUGGGAGUUGGUGUAAGAGUGAUGUACUUAGACCGAGGAGAAGGAGCUGCAAUUGUGUCUCAUGAUUUCCCAGAGGAUAAGGAACCAAUCAUUCAUCUACUCUACCGCCCAGGACACUAUGAUAUACUCUAUAAGGCAUAAUAUUUAAUUAACAUAGCACCUUGUUGAAAUAAUAGGUUUCACAUAUGUUCUUUUGUCUAUUCAGGGGCAUAAUUUCCUUGUGCUCCAUCUGCUCCAUAACCCAUUGAGUUUUGUAAAGUUAUAUACACUUCAAGUACAGGUAUAUCAUUAACAUACUUCAAGGGUAUUUUUAAUGUUGUCUCAAUAGUAUAACUUUACAUUAUUAGACAGUAUUCUUAUCAGUAUUUAUGACUGUUGUUGUCAGAUCUGGUUUGAUGUCUUCUUUUAAAACAAUUCACUCAUAUAUGCAAUUUUUUUUUAUCUUCAUAAUAAAGAAAUAUUUUGUACAUCUCAUUUCAACCUUUGGCCAAUUUUUCAGACGCAAGCACAGUAUAGGUGUUGUAUUUAGAACAGCUCCUCGGAGUAAUUAACUUUUGUAAUGAACCAAUUCUUAUUUGUAUGCUUUGAAUACAUAAAUGCACUGGAAAUGUUUUUUACUAAUACUUAUGAGGAUUUGGAUAUUUAUACUGUAAAUUUUGGAGAUAUUCAACACUGCUUAUCCUGUAUAGCUAUUUAUUUCUUAAUAGCAUUUACAGCCCAUAGUUCUUGGUUAGUAUUAUAUUGAAGGUUUCUCAUAAAGGAACAGCCUAAUAAAAAAGAUGCAUGAUAUAUAAGAACUGUAGAACUAUAAACUAAGGAAUGCAUGCUACUGUGUCAGAAUGCAUUUGAUUGUGGGCUACUACUGUCGAUCAUUACUUUUAUUAUGGAUAAAUAAAAUAAACUUUGAACUUCU